CUUCGAACACCGUCCAAACUUCCUCACCCCGAAUUCGACAGCCAUCGUCCCUGUAGUCGCUUGUUUCACGAGAUUUUGUCUGGUUCGCGACGCUGCAAGACGCCACAGUGGAUCGGAGGCUGAAGAUCCGGACGCACUGAUUGUCGCAGGAGAUGAUUUACACGAUGACAGCUCUUAGGUUGCGAAACAACCGAAGCUCUUCGAACAAGUGCGUGAUGUGUAGAAAUGUAUUUAGAUGGGAUGCGCUCCCUGGCGGUUCGUCGUUCAAAGCCCUUCAUCUCUACGAAACUUCAGAAACCUAUACCUUAGAUUCACGAGCCGGACUCACCUAAUACGCUCCUUACGAACCGACACGAACGUACUCGACGACCUCAGUCUACUACUACAACUUCGCACGAUUACAUACCUCGCUAUGCGUUCCUCCAUGAUCGUCGGAGCCGUCGCGGCCUUCGCUCCCAUCGCACUCGCACAAAGCUCCUCCGCCAUAACAUCAAUGGUCCCGAUGAUGUCUCCCUCCGCGCCUCCCGUCACAAUGGCUUGGGAUAACAAGCCCGCCCCUACAGGGGAAGCGGCCCUUUCUUCAGGCGCUUCGUCGCUGAACUCUGCGAUGAAGUCCGCGAUGUCUUCCAUGUCCAAGGGAAUGUCGAUGGGGAGUGGCAUGACCAUGUCCGACGGUAUGGUCAUGCCAACAGGCAGUGCUAUGGCAGGAAUGAGCAAUUUCACCGGCAGCGCAGGCAAGAUGGAGGUCGGCAGUGGUGGUGUGGCGAUGAUGGCAGCCAUCUUGGCUAUGUUGUGAACGUAUUGAAUCUACGUUCAAGACUUGCUGGAGCAUGUAAUGGAAGCUCAGUCGGUCAAGCAUAGCGUUUUUGUCUUUUUCCAACCACCCUGCGUUCGUGGAAACGCUGUCUUCGUCUCGGGCGUUACCUCUUUUCGCUAAUACACACUGUACAUUUACUUUAUACAUGACUGCAUUGCAUCAUACAUUGCCUAUACCGAGUGGCUGUCACUAAGCAGAGUGAAGUCUAGCCACUUACCCUCCCACUCAGAACCUGUACACGACACGUCACUAUAUCAAGUAUCGAAUGGGCAAGCAUGCGAUCCAACUAGUCCAAAAUCGUCGAUGCUAUGAGAGUCACCUGGCGAUCCAUACUGUUUCUGAUAC